AUGGGUCACUAUGCAAAGGCUUGCCCAAAGCUUAUCAAUCAAGUAUCAACUACCCAGACCACCCAGCCUACUAGUAACAAGGUUACCGAACAACAAAAAGGACGAGUGUUUGUUGUUACACGUCAAGAGGCAGAGGAUCAAGAUGCAGUUGUUACAGGCACAUUACCCAUCCUCGGAGAUAUNAAUCAAGUACGACAACAGGUUUUCCAACAAGCCUUACGAGGAGCUCUCAGAACUCUUAAUAGUUGUUUGGACAACGAGUUACAUUUACGUACCAUCAGUGCUAAUAUUGGCAUGUUUGGGACGAUGAAAGAAAUAACUAACUGA